AUGACGAAACCAGAAACGACAAGCACGCAUGGACAGAGACUUCCUUUUCUCACACAAGCAAGGCGUAAACUGCCUCGGCGGCCGGGUUUCGGCGCCGUGAAAAUCAACGAGAAACCAAUUGGCAACUGCAACGAUAUUCAGGCUCCCAACGUCAGGUCUUUAAUGGUUCUCGCAGUUACGGCCGCGCUGAUGUGGACUCUCCAUGUCGCAUAUAAUUCACAAAACUAUAUAUUUAUACCAUCAACAGAUGUCUAUCCGAUCUUCUCCGCACAAGAGAACCUUUCUUUCUCAAUCCUCUUCACCCAGUUCCCUCUGGAAAAUCUUGAAGACAUCCAAAACUUCCCAGAGAUGACCCAAGGAAACACUCUGCUCCCUCAUUCACCUUCCAAUCCAUCUGUGGCCACUCCCUCUACAGUUAAACGCUCAUACAGUUACAAGUUGUGGUUCGGGCUGCGAGUCCCCAGCACUUGGCUCCUCUCCUUUCCCCGCUCGGGCAAUACCUGGACCCGUUACCUGCUGGAGGCUGCUACGGGCGUCGUCACUGGCUCUGUUUACCAUUCCAAGUAUCUUAAGGGUUUAGGUUAUAUGGGCGAGGACGACCCUCUGUGGUGGCGAACUUCCCUCGUCAUCAAGACUCAUUCACUCCUUCCGCUUCGCAUCCACCCAGACUACCCUGUCAUAGCUAUCAUCAGGAACCCCGCCAGGUCUAUCUUGUCCUUUUGGAAUUAUUGGAAUAUAGAAGCAGAUUCACAAAAAUUUACUGGCUCCAUUGAUUACUCUUAUUAUUUAACACCAGAAUUUCAUGAGUUUGCAUACAUUAAACUGCAAAAAUGGAGGGCAACAUAUGAAUAUGUUCUAAAGAAUACAACAAAACUGCAUGUGGUAUUCUAUGAAAAGCUCCGAGAAAGCCCCAUUAAGGAGGUUCGUAAGAUGUUGAACUUCUUGGGUGUUAAACCAGAUGAGGAUCGCCUUGCCUGCCUUAGUCGCCAUACAGAAGGGAGAGUGAAAGGAGCUCAAAAGGAAAGUGAUCCCUACAGUUUGCAUGAGAAAAUGAACAUGUUUUCCGUAGUCCAAGCAAUUAAUUCUCUCUUAAAAGAAAGAGGAUUUACUGACUUACCUGAUUAUGAAUUUUAGAAGUAGGGCCUACUACAUUCUGCUCAUAUAACUUAAAAUGGGCACUGUCAGUGGCUGUUAGAAAAAAAGUAGUUAACUAGUUUGUAAGGGCUAUUUUUGAAUAAAU